AUGUUCCCUUUGGCAUUGGUCGAGCGGGUGGAUGGUGGGCAUUCCUUUUUGUUCACCUUCAUGGUAAAAACAUUUUUUGGCAAAGCAACUUGCAAUUGGAGUUUUGAUACCAGUGGUAUCUGUUGUAAGACUACGACUGAAAACUUCUUGCUUUUUGCAACCUUGUCUUGCUUGCUGGCAGAUGAGAAAGCGCUGGUUCAGCUCUGGUGUACAAAAGGGGCAUCCUCCUACAAGCCUUGCCACUUGUGUAAGAAUGUGAUGGGACGGAAUGCGGCACCCCCUGGGCAUAGUUACUUGGUGCCUUACACUUGUGCGGAUGCUGCUCUGUUUGAUUUGCAUUCUGCAGAAAGCUUCCAAAACAUGGCUUGCAUGCUCAAGAUUGCAGCAUCCGAGGAACACCCCAAAAGGUUCGACAAGCUUGAGAAAGCUUACGGCCUGGUAUUUCAUCCGCUUGGUUUGCCAUGGUGCCAGGAAAUUCAAAACAUAUGCAACCCCAUUACAAACAACUGCUGGGAUUGGAUGCAUAUCCUCAUGGCAAGUGGGGGUGUGGCGCAAUAUGAAUUCAACCAGUACACCCGGCGGCUUUGCAAAACAACGGGCAUGACUCUUGCAGCCCUGGAUGAUUUCGCAGCGCAAGUGCAAUGGCCCAAGAAAGCAGCUUCAUGGCCAAAAAACUACUUUCAAAAACGCGUUGUGAAUGAGGACGACGCUCACGUCAAAGCUUUUGCUAGUGAAAUGUUUCAAUACAUGGACAUUCUGAACAUGCUGGUGCAUGUCAUGGUGCGGCCUGGAAAUCUUUUGCAGGAGGAAACUGCAUGUUUGGAAAGCAUGAUGAAUAUCAUUUCUUUGCUGUCCAUGCAGGAAAAUGUUUUGGCUCACAUGCCACAGCUGGAACAUGAUAUUGCAAAGCACCACCAGUUGUUUCUAGAUUUGUACCCGGAAUGCAAUAAACCCAAGACGCAUUGGCUGCGUCAUGUUCCACCGCAGCUUCUGAAGUUCAAGUGCAACUUGAGCUGCUUCAGCCCGGAGAGGAAACACAAAGGGGUAAAAACACUGGCCAGCAAGGUUUUUUCCAAUGUGGAAAAAGGUGUUUUCUACCGCGCCGUUGCUGAAGACCUUGCCUCUUUUCAAGACGAGCAUUCUUUGCUCCCAGUUUUUUUGGAGCACCCCAAAUCGAUUGCAGAAGAAGCAUGGCUCCAGCCAUUCUUUCCCGGAAUGCAAGCAGCCUAUGGCUCCAAGACUCUUCGCUUUGAAGGUGGCUAUUUGCGGCAAACGGAUUUAAUUUGGCUUCCGGAAGAAAAGGUUUUGGUGCAAGCAGAUCUUUUUUUGCAGGUGCGACUGCUCUCAUCUUCAGAGUUCCUGGUUUGGGGCACUUUGUAUGAAGAACAGGCUCGCCUUCGGAUCAUGUCUGAUCAGGUUUCCAUUGCCGCCUCUUCAGAUGGUGCUGAGACUGCUGUGACCACACAGCAGUGGGAAAGCCAGAACGCUCAAGCUUCCAGCGAAGCCAGCGGAGUGGCUCCUCUCAACACGCCGGAGACUAAGGUGGAUGGAAAGCCCGAGCCGUCGACUUGCAGUACUUGCAAGAAGCCAGUCAAUGAUGAGAACAGCGUUGUGCUGAUGCGUUCUACUCAAAAACAACCCUUGGCUCGGCGCUGCAAGUCGUGCCACUCUUUGAAAUCCCGGGUCAACCGCGUGAUUUCGAAGCAUGGGUCCCUGGCGCAAGAUUGGACCAAUGUGACAGAAGAGCAAAAGAAAGAGUUUUACAAGAACUUCCAGAAUGCUGCUGGUGAGGACCUUCUUGCCCGCAUGCAGGAAACAAUCGUUGAGUCCAAGCGACUGUCCACCAAGGUGGAAUUUGAAGGCAGUGGGGAAUACUUUGACGAGGCUGACAUGAACGAACGCUACAAGAACAAGCCAGAGCAGCUGCAGAACCUUUUUGCCAACACUCGCCGCUUCUUUUGCGCGGUGAGGCAAGUCUGGCUUUACGAAGAUGUGAAUUACAAGCGCACGGCCACCGAUACUGAAGAAGUCAGCCGUGUGGAUAAAAGGAAGGUGCAAAAGAUUCCCAAGAACCAAGGUGGCGGAGAUGAUGGCAACGAUGGCAGCUUGGCCAAUAAGAAGUCCAAGAAGAACAAGUCGGGCACUGGGGAUGAGGAGCUGCCCAAGCUCAAGGCUGGCGAGAAAAAAAAGAUCAUCAAGAAGAUAGAGUUGCUCACAACUAAGCGGCUGCACGUCAUGGAUUUGUGCGCCAAGGCCAAAGCGGAGAAGGUGAAGACUUUGGUGCCUGCCUACGUGCUGGAAGCUGCGGAGAAGCUGAUCGAUGAGGCCUUGCUUUUUUCGACCAAAGUUGAAGACGCCCUUGGCAAGGAGCAUGGCAAUGUGAAGGAGAUCUUGGAGACUGCGGACAAGCAUUGUGAAGUCCUGACUGACGGUGCCAGCCGUGUGAAGUGUCAGGUGGAGCAGGCGAUGGCCUUCGUUGCUGAGCAGGGCAGCGCGUAG